AUGGAGAGAAAUAGGCAAGUUUUGAAUACAAAAGAUAUGCAAUUGUUUCUGUACCUCAUGACGACAACGAUAUCGCUAGUGUGGAUCAUGGAAAACGAUGCAACCCCAUUGAUGUCAUUAUUGGAUGGCACCAUCCUUGAGACCUACAAUCGUUCAACAGGAAAUUAUGAAGAUACAAGACGAACCGAAAUUGGAAACACCUCUAAAGUAAUACCCACUAGAUUAAGUAAAAUGUUGAACCGAACAGAUCAGGAUAUACGAUAUAGAAUAAUGUCCUACGAAGAGGAACGAAAAAGAAUUAAGAGUUUAUGGGAUCCCGUUCUUAAUCAAAGCUACGAUUUUACUAGCCCUAUGGAUUAUGACAACUCAUCUGAAAUAAAACCUUUUAGAAUAAGUAAAAAGUUAUAUCUGCAUGAUCAAGAAAGCACACCUCAAGAUAUCUCAGAAGAAAAAGAACCAAAUUGGACUGAGAACUCACUGUUCACUGUUCUUAAUGAAUAUCCCAACUCAAGGAUAAUUUUUUUAACGAGCAUGAAGUUGACGAAGAAAAAAAUGCCAGGCAAAUGGACGAUUGUUCGAAGAUUGAUAAAUAGAAGGUAUCGACUAAGAUUGAACAUAUUCUUAAACAAAAAUAUUAUUUACGGAGAAAGAUGUUCCAUUUUCACUACCCUGCCUCGCUUGGGAUAUAUUGAUUUUGUGGUCAAUCUUACGGUGGAUACCAAUGAUUAUUUAAUUAAGGAAUUUAUUACAGCUGUCAACAUUAAAGAUCCGGGCUGGGGGUACACAAAUAAUCUACGAUCACUUUUGCGAAGUAAUGGCAUACUAGAUCAACGACUUUACUAUAACCGUGGUUUUUUUUACCGCACUUCGGCUACUUUCUACAGUACGGAACAUAAGUACAUUAUUGGCAUGAUAAGUGCACUGAAAAGAAGGAGUUUGCUAAUGUCACGGGUGGUGCGAAAAAGAAUUGAGGUACAGAAGCCACCGGGUGUGGACUGCCUGCCAUCUUUGCAUUUAGAAUUCUGCAGUAAUCCUGAAGAGCCAGUUGAAGUGUCGCCAUUGGGGCACAUGGAAUUUUUUGCAACGAUUGGUGAUGAGUGUCAUAUAGCUGAGCUAAAAAGUAUCCACUGGGGCUUUUAUGAUACCGAAGAGAUUAAUUCUAUCGCUCAUGUGAAAGAUGCCGCAGGGCUCGUAGUGAAGUUACUACCAUACAAGCUCAAUUUCGUAUACGAUGCGGAUAAGUCAAGAAUCUUUAUUUUGCGGGGCAAGGCAAAGAUAAAUGACAUCACAACUGUAGCUCGUUGCUAUGUGACGUACAAAACACCCGAAUUAGAGCCAACAAUCAAGGGCAACGAACGUCGCAAUGUCGACAUACGAAAAUCGUUCUCCCUCGAUGGUUCCAGCUCCAAAGACAGAGUCAGGAUUUUUGAAACUCUUGACUCCAAGGAUUUCUUUUGGAGCUGUCAAAGUGUAGACGAUCCAGCGAACCCAUAUUGCCAUAGAGAUAUGUCUAUGAGACCCAGCUUCAAAAUGCCGCCUUAUGCUCUGAAGGAAGGAGCUGCCUAUGAAUUCAAGUUGACCGUAAUUUCGCGACAUGACCCACAAAAACGAAAAACCUUCUCCCAAAUUGUUAAGGGUAUCACCAAAAGUGCCUUCACUCCCGAAAUCCUUUGCCGAAGAAACUGUUAUAUGGGCGUUUAUGCCCCGGUGGACAGUGUCCAUCUGAUACCCAAAUGUGAUGACUGCCCAGGAAAGAUUCAAAAAUAUGAGUGGUGGGUGAUGGUGAAAGGAGAGCGACCAUAUCUGGAAUCGCGGUACAAGUAUCUGAUUCUACAGCACAGUGAGGCUCAUCUAUCCAUUCGUCUGAAGGUGUUCCUGAAAGGCAAUAGGUGGGCAGAGGCCUUUUACACUCUGCGUCGGAACGAUGGACCUACCAAGGGAACAUGCGAUAUACUGCCAACUAUUGGCCUCGAGAGCUUGACAAUAUUCGAGAUCGAAUGCCUGGGCUUCGAGUCGCCUCACUCCCCUCUAAGCUAUCGUUUUACAGUGCCUACGGGUGUUGUGGCUUCAAAUGUUCCAUAUACGAAAUAUCAUCUCACCCUACCUGCUACCAAAUCGCUCUCAAUUUCCAUAUGUGAUACCCUAGAUAUGUGCGUGGACGAAAAGCUUAAUCUCCUUGUGUUGCCAAUAGAUAUUCGAUUUGUAGGUACGGUUUCCCAAGUAAUGGCGGAUGUGCCGAAAAUGUUUAAGCAUGGUCACUGGAAUAAAGCGUAUACCAGGGCAGUAGUGGCCACCAAGUGGAUAAGUACAUCGAACGAUGGAAGCGACCUCUAUUCUCCUUUAAGGAAUGAACAGGGCUCAACGGGCUCACAGCUGGAGCAGCUUAGCUCGCUGGCCACUCACAUGUUGACCAAGCUGACGCCAAUCGAUUAUAAAGAUGCCAUUAUAAUGGGUGAACUUUUCAGUCAGAUUAGCGAUGUCUUUACAGCUCUCCUUUCGGAAUUUGAAUGGCUGCAUAGAGAUGCCUACUACUCAUUAACAGCCGCACAUAUGUACUUUAUGUCCAUUCUUGGCAAGAAAUCGGAGCCUCAUUCACUGGCCAUGUGCAAGACCUAUGAUCCAGAGUGUUUAAAUUUUGAGAGACUUGACUUUGAGACGAAUUUCGAAAUCGAGUUUGAUCCCCUGAUUCUACUGCGCAUAAAUAGCUGGAUGAUGAACACAUGGUACCUGUAUAAGUGCGUCUACUUUCUAGGCGUCCUGGCCACCAAACGGCAUCAUCCUUACGAUGACGCCUUGAACAUCCAUAUGGGCGGCAUUGCAUAUCAGAUAAAUGUAACGGAGGUAACGAAUAACGCCAAAAAGAUCACCCUGUCAACAAUCGACAACAUACACGUAAUACAGUUAUCGAAAAAGCUCCUCUUUGAAUUGAAAAAGAACCUGAAUCAUAGCACUAUUCUGUUCCAGACUAUCUCGCAACAGAACCACCAUAAUAUAUUUUGGUGGUAUCCGGAUCCAUUGCCCUCCAAGACCAGCGUUCUUAUCAUGCAUGCCUACAGUCCCGUUCAUUUCUUUGUGAGCGCAGCAGAGAACUCAUUGGACAAUCCCUUGGUGUACAAAACAAACAUUAGCCUGUUUAAUGAUGAGUCCUUGAGGCAUUGGAUGGCCAACAGUAGUAUCCAGAACAGUUCCGAAAUCCACAUAUAUAGCUUGAUGCUGAACACCAAGGCCAUGUUGGCGGUGCGAAUUGUUAGUUGUUCGGAGCUGAUGUACGUUAAGAUGAGAUUGCACAGGUGGCCAACGCUUAACCAGAUAAGGCAAAGGGCUUGUCAUAUUACACCCGAUAUGAAUGGCAAACGCAUUUGGAUGGCCAACUCAUGUAGUCGGAGCCGGGCAUAUGUAGCCAUUCAUAGACCAGGUAUUAUCGAAGAUUCACAGAAAAAGGUGAUAAGGAUGCGAGCGAAUAAAUAUAAGGAGUUUCAGGAACGAGAAAACGAGCGAUGGAAGAAGAAACAACAAUUAAAUUACUCGAUACUCCUGGAGAUAUAUCAGUGCAACUUCUGGAAGAAUCGUUCGUUGGACCCCGGCUGGAGCAAGGAAUUUUGCACGACAACCUUUGAGCACAGCUAUGGGACAUCCGUUCAGUGUACCUGCCACACCUUGGGCACAUUGUCCUCACGCAUUUUUCCCAUCUCAGCGGAAUUGAUUGUGGAGCAUAUACCCGUACCUGAAAUGUUGAUAUUUUUGAUAGUGCCUUUAAUAUUCCUACUGCUCUUUGUGUUGCUGAUCCUAAAGUGCGUUUUUAACUUGGACUAUAUAAGUGCCCAUCUCAGGGAGCCGAGCAUGCUGCACUGCGAAUCGAACAAGGGAAAAGUGGAUCGUUGGCAAAGCGAUGGACCCGAGAUCCUCCUUGUGAUUAGAACUGGUGGUCAGGAGUUUGCGGGCACUACAUCGAAUAUUAAAUUCUACUUCAAGUCGCGGAGUCAUCCGCAGACAUCGUAUCAAAUCACCCAGGAUCCUGGACAUCCGAAAUUGGUAAGGAAUAGCACCAAUAUAUUGGUGGUUCCUAGAAGCACCAUCUAUAUACCGACCCGUUUGUCCCUGGGCAUCACUAGGAAUGGCCGGUAUCCAUCAUGGUAUUGUCGGUCCGUGACAGUGCUCGAUCUGGAGUUGAAUAUCGAACAAUUGUUCGUUGUCGAGAGGUGGAUUGAGCGGGGUCACACCCAUUUCAUGAGAUCAAAAUAUUUCAGCUUUGGUGCCUAUCAUAAGUUUCCGAAGUACACGUGGUGCAAGCGCUUUAGGAUUCACGUAGAGAAGUUAUAUGUCAGUUGGUUUAUGAUUAAUGCGAUCACGGGACCCUGGCACACUGACGUUGGAGGUAUUACCAUGAAUCGCUUCGAACGCACCUGCGUGUUGAUCUGUAAGACUGCUACCACAUUGGCUGUGGUCACCUUGUACUUUGGUAAGAGCACUGUGGAGUCCAUUCAGGAGGAGACACGGCAGAACAUCGAUCAUAAUCUUAAAAUGAGCCUGGUUGCUGCCUUGGCCUUCUACGCAUUUAUCGUCGGCACAAUUAUACAUUUUCUGUUUGAAUUCGUUAUAUUACGUUGGCUUUGGCCACAGGUUUAGUUCAUUGUCUCAAUAAAAGCUACGUUUUAUUGAUUUGCAAGGAUUGGUU